AUGGCACACGAUGGCACGGUCUUCACCAGCAGCAUGCUCUGCUUUAUGACGGACUAUGCGCCGCCGCCUGGUCCCGAAGACGCCAUGCGCUUCCAAGCCCAGCAGCUCAUCCACCUCUUCGACCUGGUGUCCCUGAUACAAGUCUCGCAUGCAACACCUGUUGCCACAGCAAGAGCUCGCCAGGUCAUGGGCAGCCUCCAGCGUGAGGCUGACAGGCAGAUGUCAAUCAGCUUGCCAAAGAUCCUGUCCGUGGGACGCGUUGUCUUCCAAGUCGUUUGCUCUGAUCCAGCAUUCGCGUUUAAAGCGAUGGGCUCCAUGGUCGAGUUGGGAAAGGUGAUGUACCUUGGCGGAGCCUGUGCGCGGAAGGCCGAGCGGGCCGCUACCUUCAUCCAAGGGCUCUACGAGCGCAGCUGCAGGCUGAUGAAAGUCAGGGAAGCCAUGUUCCUGGAAACAGUGGGCGUGGUACAAACUGAGAUCGAGAAGCCAGGCAUUGAGCAAGACCACUUGAUUUUUGAAAUUGAAGACUAUCUCUUUGACCAUGGCGCCCUCGACCGCGAUCUACCUUUGUGCUCCGAGUUGCGCUUACUUGUACGGCCAGACAAAGCUCCAGGCCAUUUUCGACGCUUUGUAAAGGCAGUCGCUGUAGGUCUUGAAGCCUUUUUCAAGAACGGGACACCAGAGUGCCAGCAUGCUUUUGAGUUCUAUCAGGAUCUGGCCAAGGCGCAUGAGUUCGACGAUCUCGGAACCUGA